AUGUCCCUCCCGACCAAGCAGCGCAUCUGGGUCGUCGCGAACCCGAACCCGACCCAAGUCUCCGCGUCUAUCUUCAAGCUCGAGGAACGCCCCCUGCCCCAGCCGGACGCCGAGUCCGUCCUCGUCUCGGCCGACUACCUCUCCAACGACCCCGUGACGCGCCUGUCCUUCAACGCGAAGGGAUCCUCGCCCAACGUCGCUGCCGUCGGCACUGUGCUCGCCGACGCGGGCAAGUGGAAGAAGGGCGACCGCGUCUCGACCCGUCUGGGCUGGUUCGACUAUGCCGUCGUGCCCGCCUCUUCGCUCUCUCCAGCCGAGGAAGUCGAGGGCAAGCCGUGGGCUGUCCUGUCCGACCUGGGCGCGACCUCGCUCACGGCGUAUGCGGGCAUUGAGACACUGGACGUCAAGCCCGCGGACGUGGUGCUCGUCGGCGGCGCUUCCGGGGCCGUGGGCACCGCCUUCGUCCAGAUGGCCAAGCACGUGCGCGGCGCGAAGCGCGUCGUGGGCGUCGCAGGCGGCAAGGCCAAGUGCGACUGGGUCAAGAAGCUGGGCGCGGACGAGUGUGUGGACUACAAGUCUGCUUCUUUCGCCGAGGACCUGAAGCGCGCUCUGCCCGAUGGCGCGUCCGCUUUCCUCGACCCCGUCGGCGGCAGCGUGCUCAAUGCUGCCCUCGACAAUAUGCAGAAGGACGGCCGCGUCGCUGUCUGCGGCAAUGUCGCCGCGCUCAACGGCGGCACGCAGGUCAUUGACAAGCCGCUCGUCAUUGUGCAAAAGCACCUGACCGUCAAGGGCUUCUCUGUCAUGAGCUGGAUGCCCCGCGCCCCCCAGAUUCGCAAGGAGAUUGCGGGCUGGAUCAGGGACGGCAAGAUCAAGGCCGACGGCACGGACGAGGUCGUCGAUACGCCCGUCGACCGCAUCCCCGAGACGUACAUGAAGCUCUAUGACGGGACUAAGCACCCCGGCAAGCUUAUCACGCACAUUAUCCACUAA